UUUGCUCUUUUCCUUGAAAGUUUGUAGCGCAGUUUGUGCAAUUGUUGGCAAAUCCCCUUUUUCAAAGGCCUAUUCCUAUUCAUAGUCUAAUUCAACCUCUUAUCAUGUCACCCAUGUCCUCUUAUACAGGUAGAUUAUAUCAAAAGGCAAUGUGGUCCGUCAAGUUGAAAAUAAUGGGAAAUAGAGACUAAAAUCCUGAGUCUCUUUGGUCUUCCAUAUCAAUAUCAAAUAGAAGCCACGAGUUUUAACUGAAGAAACUAAGGUUUUUGCUCAGAUUGUUGUGGUAAAUUAGAUUAGAUCUAGAUCUAGAUUCUAGAUCUAGAUCUAGAUCUAGAUUCUAGAUCUAGAUCUAGAUCUAAUCUAGAUCUAGAUCUAAAUAUCUAGAUUCUAGAUCUAGAUAUUAUGAUCAACGUUGACAUGCAACUCUUCCUGUGAAUGACAAGCUAGUUUUAUAUGAUGUGUUGCUUGAGAACCUACUUGUAACUGAGGAUUUGACCUUGCAGUUCACAGUGAACUUUCUUACGAUCUGUUAGAGACUGAUGAGGCUCAUAAUAUAAAUAAGCCUUAUGAAUUUUGAAGUCUCAUUCCUCAUAUUUGGAGACAUAUGCACCCCACCGCCAUUUCUUCUCAAAGCCACCAGCCUCAUGCUGCCUGUAUGGGUUAGAAAAACGCUCUUGAACAAAUGACAUUUCUCUGGUGUGGCUAUUGGAUGGGUCUGAUUCCUCUAAUCUUUAUGAAUAGGACAAGAAAUUAGGCCUGCUGAAUUGCUUACAAAUGGUUUAUCAUAUAAUACACAAUUCAUGAUAGGUGUGCUCAUUAGUCAAGUCUGGUAUGCCCAUAACGAAUUAAUUGCACACAAUGCAAAUUGAUACAUUAGCUCACUUAUCUACUCAUAUAUAAGAAAUGAGCCUAGUCUAAAAUCUCUUUUUCUUAAUCUUUUUCAGCUUUGGGUAAUUUUGUUUUAAGAUUUGAGAUGAAAAUUGAGUAAAUGACCUUUUGACAUACAUACUAGAUGUAUUACUUGUUGUGGGUUUAUAAUAUGAAGCUUAUGAUAUACAUCAUCUUUUCUUCAUCGUAUUAAUUUUAUGGCAUUUUUUUCUGCUUCCCUCGUCAGUAUCAUGAAUGAAAACUUCACGUUCCAACCAGAGGUUCUGGCUAAUAAGUCAAGAGACAGUUCACCCCAGGACUGUCAGUUUCCCACGUUCCCCAUUCUGAUGAACCCUUUUGAGGAGCGUGAAGACGCUUGCACCCAGACAGAUGGACACAAGAAACCAAUGCCUGUGGAGCAAAUAUGUUACCCAAAAUUUCCUUACCCGGAGGAGCUUGAGACGCUACAAAAGCUUCCAUUUUCAUUGGGUCAAACUCAGAUUUUGGGCUCUCCACCUCUGAGGAGAAAAACAAACCAGCAUCUGCGGAACAAGACGCCAAACACUGUCAAGAUACUAAUGGAAAAACAUAGGGAGAAUGAAAGACUGCGCCACCACUCUUUGAAUGAACACUUGAGGCUAAUUUGCAAGAAGGUCCCAGGCUCAGCUGAAGAUGGCAAAGAGACAAAGGUUGUGAUGAUGCAGCGUAUCAUCAGCUACAUGGCCUACCUGGAGAACACUGUACGCUUCAUGUGUUCUGAGCUGGGUACACAGGCAGACCCUAACCUCCUGCUCCUCACCUCCAGUGUACAAGACAUUGAACAAGCAGGCACGUGGAAUAGAGAGUUCGUGACCUUCAGUUCCGAUGAUAGCAAGGACAGUGAAGUGUCCGUACCCAGUCUUUCACGACGUCUGAAACUGUCGUCCCCGACAAUCGACUCGACCACGGAUUCACUGACGGGAAGCUCGGACCUGAGAGUGUCAGGGUAUUACGAAUCUGGUCUGAAUGAUGAUUCCCAGGAUUCGGCCGUCCCGUCAUCCAACUAUUCUGUGGAGGUGAAUGAUUCAGUGGAUGGUCCCUUUCCCGAUUUUGUCCUGCCCUCUGAAGAAAUUGUGAUCGGAGAACCAGGAAAUCUGGAUACUUUCCUUGGUGACACUCAGUAUGACAAUGCUAUGUUUGAACUUCCUUCCUCGACGUUUGAAGUGAUGGACGUCCCAGAAGUGAAGUGGCUCGGCAGCCCAGAUUUGUCUCCGAACAUGUCUCAGGUAAAGCAGGAUGUGGGUAUCAAGUGUGACCACAGCCUAAUGCAAGAUCAGCCAAACGACCUGAUGAACACACUCACCACUGUGUCGCCUGACCAGAUUCUUCCACUAGCUACGAUCAAGCAGGAACUGAAAGAACAAAUGGAACAGGUUUCUGAGCAGGUGGUUCCUGAAUUCACUCCACAUGCCGUCUCUGAGGUGAAUGUACCUGUGCAGAUUGAUGUGCAGUCGUCAUCUCGUGUCAAAAAACGAAAACAGAUGAGUCCUAAGAGAACCGCACUGGUCAACGUCACCAACUGGAUGGAGAUCCUUGGAGAAGUCGCCCACCAGGGAGCUGGUGUGCCGGGAUGGGUGGUGUAUGAUCGAAAUGAAGCAGCACUGGCACAAGGAAGCACUCCCUUCAUUGUUGGAAACUUUGAAGAAGUUGUAUCUUCGGAGUCUGUUUCAUCAUCCAAGACAAACCCCAGAGAUGAGCCAAUAACCAAGAGUGAGUUGGUCCAAGCAUCAAACUCCAUAAUCAGAGAAGCUUCGGUGACAUCUUCUAAGCUUGAUCUGAGAAAGUCUUCAUGGAUGAAUGGAUUCAUGAUGUACAGCCGUUUGCAUAGGAAGCGGUUCAUUAGAGAGAACCCUGGCAUUCACACGUCUGUCAUCAGCAAGAUGAUGGGACAGGCCUGGAGGGCAAUGACAAGUGAGCAACAGGGACCCUAUCGCGAACAAGCAAGAAUUUGCUCCCAAGAGUUGCAGCGCCAGUUGGAUGAAGCUCGACAUACUUAAAGUACAGAUGGUUGGUCUUGGCAAUGUGUUAUCAAAGCUUUGUGGUAAUAUUCUGUACAUGUAAUGCUUUCAUUUUUCUAUUUCGAUGUUACAUUCAUUGCUCCAGUGAAUGGGCUACAAUUUUUUCCCAUGUCUUUGUAAAGAUGUAGUACUUUUGUGUUUUUUAUAAUUUUAUCCUAACCUUUUUUUCUGAAAAGUAAAAAUUGUACUUGAACUGGCCUGCAGUGGAGUUUCAACUCAUGUGUAUUGCAGCAAAUCUCAUACAAUGUGCAGAAAAGUUUCUGUAAAAGUGACAAUAAUUAAUGUUUAUUUUUCUAAAAAACAUUUAGCAGAUUUUUGACACAAUUGAAUACAUGUACAUGACAACCUGCAGGCACUUGCAAACACAGCCUUUCAGUGACGGAUUGUGAACUGAUAAUUCUUUAUUUUAAAGUUUCAAUUUUUUUAAACCCUAAAAUAAGGCAAUUUUCCCUUAUAAAAUCUUUUAUAGCCUAUAAACAUUUGUUCGACUAUAAGUUUAGGAAAAAUCCCAAUAAUUAAUGUUAAUUUCUUUGAGAUUUGAAUAUAAUAUAUAUGCAUUAUAUUUGAAUCAAAAGCUCUAUGGACAAAAAUGUCCUUCAUAGGUUCUCUUUUUAAAAAUUGAGCCAAAGAAAGAAGGUUUCAUAGAUUUGAGAGAAGUUAUUUAAGAUGCUCAUGGUAGGAUUUAUUUUGUAGUUUAUAAGUGCGAUUUUUAACUGAUUUUACAUAAUUCCUAAAUGUUUGAAUGUCAAUUAUGAAUAUUUUUAAAUGAUUUGUUUAAUUCUUUUCAAAAUUUAAGAUUUUAUUAUUCCUGAAUGUGAACAUGGAUAUUGUCAAAUGUCUGAUUUGCCUAUUCUUUUCAAUAUUUGUCAGUUUAGUAUCAAUAAUUAUUUGAUGAAAUUUUUUCUCCUUUACUUAACUUUUAGUUAUUAGUGAAGGUGGAACAUUAAAAUUAUAUUUUUUUUUCCUUUGUAGAAAUUCGGAUCUAAAGUAAGUCUUACCCUUACACCCAUUUAUGAAAGAUGACAAGAGAUAUUGUUUAGAUUAUCUGUUAGGAACAUAUAUUGGCUUCUUGUAAGCUUGGCAUAAUCUGACUUUUGUAGUUCACUAGGCACCAUUAACAAAUAAGUUGACUGUUGCAAUCUUACUAAAUAUUGUACCGUAUAGAGUUAUUUGUUUGACUUCAGAACUUACCCUCAGUUCACGAAUAUGAGUACAAUUUGAGAAGUUGAGCUCUGACUUUUCUAUUCUUGUUUAGAUAGGAGAUACGGAAAGCGCUUGAACAUGACACUUUGUCCAUUUUUCCAUCAUGAAUAAACAUUUUUUCUUAUUAAUUUU